AGCAUCGAUGUAUCAGGUCGAUCGCUGAUAUAUCGUGUUGUUAUCCCCUGAGAUAACACCUUCACUCCUGUGGGAAUAGAUGCUAUCACAGGACGACGCCUGGAGCCACGCCCCUCCCGGCUCCACAGCGCAGAUAGCCACCGUGUUAUCAGCGCCGCGGCCAUCACGGAAGCCGCCCUUGGCAGAGUAACUCUCUUGAAAACCCCGUGCAGGUAACUGAGUGUCAGUCUACCGGGCACUGGACACCUGAACCCAAGUGAUGACGCACCUUCCGGCCACUUUUGCUGUGUUCGCGCUUUUCCUUGCUGGGAUCACAGGUCAUGGGCGGUUGAUGGACCCGCCGCAGCGUUCCAGUAUGUGGAGGGAUGGUUUCAACACCCCCACCAACUACGACGACAACCAACUUAACUGUGGCGGAUCCUAUCAUCAGUGGUCAACUGGACUGGGUGGCAAGUGCGGCGCCUGUGGUGACCCUUACGACGCACAACAACGUAACAACGAACCUGGCGGAAGGUACUACAGUGACAUCAUCAGCCGCGUCUACUACCCAGGUGACAACAUCACCAUCAAUGUACUCAUCACAUCUAAUCACAGAGGCUAUUUUGAAUUCAGAUUAUGUGACAAUGGUCUUUUGGCUGGGGACGCUCUUCUGGAGUGUCUCAACAAAACGUUGUUGACUCUUGACCCGAGUGACCCAGAGGUUCAAGCAGCGACCAUUGGUGGCCCGCUGGUGCGUUACUCUCCUGGAAGUGAAACCAGGAUGUUUUACGUGAAGGCCAGCCUACCGGCGGAAGUGACAUGUGAUUUUUGUGUGCUGCAAUGGACGUACGUCACAGGAAACACGUGGGGUACAGAUGCUGACGGUACAGGGUUAGGCCACGGUCCUCAGGAGCACUUCAUUAACUGCGCCAACAUCCAGAUCACGACCAACACAUCCUACACAACAUUAACGCCAAAAUCUACAUCGACGACAACGGCAUCAAGUACAUCAUUAUCAUCAACAACCACCACCACCACAACAACAACAACGUUGUCAUCAUCUACAGCAACGUCACAACCUGGGAGUGGGUGUCGUGCUGUCGGUGUCUGGAGAACCGUGGCGGGCAUGAACGCCUGGUGUGCCCUGCUUUGCCCCAAAGGCAUAUGUCCAAAAAGAACUGUGUCGCUGUAGCUGAACACCUCGCCCAGCAGGACCUGAACACCCUGCCAGGCGGUAGGACACAUACCCUCUCGGUCGAAUCUGAACACCUCCCCUAACUGAACCUGGACACCUCUCUUUUGAAUCUGAACACCUGCUGCAGCUGAAUCUGGACACCUGCUGCAGCUGAAUCUGGACACCUGUUGCAGCUGAAUCUGAACACCUGCUGCAGCUGAAUCUGAACACCUCAUGCAGCUGAAUAUGGACACCUCCUGCAGCUGAAUCUGGACACCUGCUGCAGCUGAAUUUGGACACUUGCUGCAGCUGAAUCUGAACAUUUCUCUUUUUUUAAAUCUGAAUACCUCUUACAGUUUUACAUAAACAUAAUAUCUCAGCUGGACACACUCGGUCAGUAGAACCCGGUCGAACAUUGUUGGGUCAGUACGUAUCUGUGGUGGUGGGGACAGAGGUUAUGUGAG